UCUUCGACGCCGCCGGCGCCCCUCGCUCCCGGCCACUUCCGCCGCCCGCUCCUAUCCUCUGUGCGGUUCUCCCAUGGAAGAAAGAGAGAGGAAGACGGGCCGCGCGGUGUCGUGCCCUGUCGCCUGACGACGGAGGCGCCAUCGUGAGCUGCGUGCGGCGGGGCGUCCACGGAGGCGGCGAGUUGGCUCCCGUCGGCUGCACACGGCGGCCACCUGGGCAGUGCUUUCCACGGGGUGGCGAGCUGGGCGCCUCAAGCCAGCGGCGUGCGAGGUAAGUUGGGUUUAGAGGUCAAAUUCCCCAUCCAAAAAACGCAAGAAAAAUGCCCGCGCGCCAACUCCGCCGCUGCCACCACCUCACCGUCGCCGCCGUCACAAAAUCCCACGCCACCCUGCUCAAGUCCGGCGUCACCUCCCCGACGCCCUGGAACCAGCUCCUCACCGCCUACUCCCUCUCCCCGCUCGGCCUCGUCGCCGCGCGCCAGGUGUUCGACCAAAUCCCCCGCCCGGACGCCGCCUCCUGGAACUCCCUCCUCACAGCGCACGUCUCCGCCGGCGCGCAUUCCGCCGCAUACCACAUCCUCCAAGCCAUGCACGCUAGGGGGCUCGCCGCCAGCACCUUCGCCCUCGGCCCCGCUCUCCGCUCCGCUGCUGCUUUGGGCUGCCCUGCUCUCGGCGCCCAGCUGCACUCGCUCGCCGUCAAAGCCGGCCUUGCCGAUAACGUCUUCUCUGCAACCGCAUUGCUUCACAUGUACGCAAAAUGUGGCCGCACAAGGGAUGCUCGUCGGGUGUUCGAUGGAAUGCUGGAGCGAAACACUGUUUCUUGGAAUGCACUCAUUGCCGGUUAUGCGGAAUCCGGGAAGGCUGCUCCAGCAGUUAAGCUGUUUGUUGAGAUGGAGAGGGAGGGGUUACGUCCAGAUGAGGCAACAUUCGCUGCAUUGCUCACGGUGGUCGAUGAUUCCAGUUGUUUCUUGAUGCACCAGUUUCAUGGAAAGAUUAUUAAAUAUGGAUCGGCAUUGGGUUUGAUAGUGUUGAAUGUAGCAAUCACUGCCUACUCGCAAUGUGGUGCCCUGGUGAAUUCUAGAAGGAUCUUUGAUGAAAUUGGGGACAGCAGGGAUUUAAUCUCAUGGAACGCAAUGCUUGCAGCUUACGCUUCCCAUGGGAUGGAGUAUGAGGUGAUGGGAUUCUUUGCUAGCAUGAUGCAGGCGAGUGGAGUUCAACCUGACAUGUAUAGUUUCACAAGUAUCAUAAGUGCGUGCGCAGAGCAUCGUGACCAUGGAGGGACAGUAUUUCAUAGUUUGGUGGUCAAGAAUGGCUUCGAAGGAGUCACUCCUGUCUGCAAUGCUUUGAUUGCCAUGUACACUCGAUUUAGUGAGAAAUGCAUGAUGGAAGAUGCGUAUAAGUGCUUCGAUUCCUUGCUGCUUAAGGAUACCGUCUCCUGGAAUUCUAUGUUAACUGGGUAUUCACAGCACGGUUUGAGCGCUGAUGCCUUGAGAUUCUUCAGAUGUAUGCAGUCAGAAAAUAUUAGAACUGACGAAUAUGCAUUCUCUGCUGCCCUGCGUUCAUGCUCAGACCUUGCUUUACUUCGGCUAGGUAGACAAAUACACGGUUUAGUCAUCCAUUCUGGUUUUGCUUCCAACAAUUUUGUUUCCAGCUCGCUGAUCUUUAUGUAUUCUAAGAGUGGCAUUCUUGAUGAUGCAAUGAAGUCUUUUGAGGAGGCAGAUAAGAGUAGCUCUGUGCCCUGGAACUCUAUGAUGUUUGGUUAUGCGCAGCAUGGACAGGCGCAAGCCGUGCGCAGCCUCUUCAAUGAGAUGCUGGAGCUUAAGGUUCCUCUGGAUCAUAUUACAUUUGUUGGCCUGAUUACUGCCUGCAGUCAUGCUGGUCUUGUGGACGAAGGUUCAGAAAUCCUCAAUACGAUGGAAAGCAGGUAUGGAAUUCCUCUUCAGAUGGAGCAUUAUGCAUGUGGCAUUGAUCUGUAUGGGAGGGCUGGGCAGCUUGACAAAGCAAGAGAGCUUAUUGACUCCAUGCCAUUUGAACCAGAUGCCAUGGUGUGGAUGACCCUAUUAGGUGCUUGCAGAAUCCAUGGGAAUAUGGAACUAGCAAGUGAUGUGGCCAGCCAUCUACUGGAGGCAGAACCUAGACAGCACUCCACCUAUGUUCUCCUCUCCAGCAUGUAUUCUGGUCUUGGGAUGUGGAAUGAUAGAGCAAUAGUGCAGAGGGAAAUGAAGAAUAAAGGAUUAAGCAAAGUCCCUGGUUGGAGCUGGAUUGAGGUGAAGAAUGAGGUGCACUCUUUCAAUGCAGAGGAUGGGUCGCACCCAAGGAUGGAGGAAAUAUAUGAGAUGUUGAGUUUGUUGGUUCACAAUUUUCCCAUGCAGCUGCCGCAUCUAAAAACAAGUGGAGCCAUCGACUGCUAACUAUCAAAUUAUGGGCAUUAACCAGCCAGCCCCUGUUGGAGAUGGUUGAGCACACUUCUCUUGUACAUUCUGUGGAUGCACAUUCAUUUUCUCUGAUUGCUAGUGGCAGUGAAGACCUACCUCUCUGUCAAUAUAUGGAAAGAUGGGAUCUGCGUUUAAAGCAAUGAGCACCUAGGUUGCAUGGGUGGAUGUGAUGCUAAAUUCUUGGAAAAUGGAGAUGGUGUAAGUGCAUGUUCUGAUCACUGAAAAAAGAACAGCGUGCUAUAACGCCGCUAAUAGCACGCUAUAGCGUGCUGAGAAUCAUCUCGCUAAAUAAAUCAGUGUACAACGCCUCGCUAAUAGCGCGCUAUAGCGCGAUAUAACAUGCUAAUAGCAUAUUUUAAGGCUGGCACUAUAUUUUUCCUUCUGAUGGAAUUGUGAGGGUAUGGACAACCAACCAUAAUAUGGUUCUGCAUUGAUGAAGAACGUGCAGCUUAUACACAGAUCUUUUUUCUCAGUACACGCUUAGCAGUGACCGUUUAAAAGCAAGGAACAGCAAAGGUAUUCCAGCUAAGGGAGAGAGACAAUGCUAGUCAGACGAUCAUUAUGAAAAAAAUGGUCUUCCAGCUUCAUUCUAUUUUAUGAGGUGGAAGGGAGGCCUCUUUCCUGCUGGAAUUCAACAUUUAUGUAGUUUUGGCAAAGACAAGUCUAUGUACUCUGUAUUUAGGUGAGCUCGUGUCGUAAACACGGCAGAGCUGCAUGGUGAGUACAUGUGACUGAAGAAUUCACAAACAUAGUGGCAGGGAGUCAUUUAUUUUUUGUGUCAGCCAUAUGUUUGGCCCAGUAAAUCUUAUUCGGUUCAAGGACUUCUGAUGAGUCCCACAAUACAAAAAAAAACAAAACAGAAAUGUGAAUCA